AUGCUAGUUGUGGACCAUCAGACGCAGGCCCUUGUGCUGAUUAUUCGCGGCACAGCAUCGGGCAACGACAAGCUAGUGGACCUCCUGGGCAUGGGAGAACCGCUGCGAGAGGAGGACAAAACGCUGCCCGAAGGCGAACGCUUUAUCGGGCAUGCUGGGAUGACGAGAGUAGCGCGUAAAAUCGCUGAACGUAUGAUUGCCGAGCAGUGGGUUGAGGAAGCCAGACGACGAUUUCCUGACUACCCGUUUGUCAUCGUGGGACACAGCCUGGGCGCCGGUUUAACCUCCCUCCUUUCGGUGCUCGUGAAGCCACGGUAUCCUGAGAUGAAAGCUUACGCCUACGCUCCUCCUGGUGGAUGUAUGAACCCGGCCAUGUCUGAACACAGCCGCGACUUCCUGUGUUCUUUCGUUUACGGCUACGACAACGUACCUCGUACGAAUGUCUCAUCAAUGGAAGACCUAAGAGCCAGGCUGGUGCAUGCGUUGGUCGUUUGCCAGACUCCAAAGGCUCUUAUUAUGCCCAACCGCAUCGCUGCCUUUGUUCUUCGCCUGAUUGGCCCUUGCUUCGGCUUGCCCACGUGUGGAGAGAUCGACGCUUUUCUCAGCCAUGACGUGAAGGAGAAGUUGCUAGAUCCCAAACUGGAGGAUAUCUACGAGACGCCCUUUGGAGAAAAGUUCAAAGCUUAUGCUGAUGAAGUCACCGGUGGUGUUUCUCGGGUGGACCGGCUUCUGGACGGAGAACGUUCUCUAAUGAGAUGGAAAAAGCCCGAGGCACGCCAGCUGCUGCGACUUCCUCGUCCUUAUCCCAAGAGUAUGUAUCCGGAACUUUUUUCACGGGCAAAUGUUGACAAACUCAUUAGCACGAUGAGUGAUGGUCGCUUUGGAGCCCGUGUAAUUCAUCUACUUGAGGUUGAUUCUGACUUUAAAGUGCCCGGUGUAAAACCCUUUAAAAAUGAGGCUGAGGCAGUAAGUACGCGCAUGAAGAAGCGAACACAGGGUAAGACCAACGCCGUGGAGUUUAUCCCCACAGCAGAUAAUCCUAAUCCUCCCUAUAAUAGCGAUGUAAACGCAAAGCUAUCGGCAAAAAUGGUUGCUGAGGCGGUUGCCACCUCGCUGAAUCAGAACGGCUAUGUUCCCCCGCCCAUUGCUGUGUGGUCGGACGUCACAUUCUUCAACUCCAUUUUGGUGCACCCCAAAAUGUAUUUGAACCACGUUCCACUCUAUGUCAGCAACGCCUGGGACCGCCUCUGGAUUUCCAUGCAACAUCCAGACAGGAUAUUCUACAAGGUGGACGACAGAAACUUCACUGACUACCAUAAACCCCUGCAUGGUGUCAGACGAAAGCCUGAGGAACUGGAUGAGGCCUAUUGUCGAAUCCGUGUCAUGAAGCCGCAACCAAUUACGGUUUGA